AUGUGUGGCAUUCUGGGCCUUAUCUUGGGCCAUAUCAGCGACGACCCGAAUUUCCCGUGCAAAGCGGCGGUGACGUUGCAUGAGGCUUUGUAUUAUUUGCAGCAUCGAGGUCAGGAUGCGUGUGGCAUAGCUACUUGUGCGGCGGGAGGAAGAAUUUUCCAGUGCAAGGGAAAUGGAAUGGCUGGAAAGGUCUUUGAUGAAGGACGACGUAUUCAGGAUCUACCAGGUUCGAUGGGCAUUGGCCACCUUCGCUAUCCCACCGCAGGCUCCGACUCAAGCGCCGAAGCGCAACCAUUCUACGUCAACAGUCCCUACGGUAUCUGCCUCGCACACAACGGUAAUCUUGUGAACGCGCGCGAAUUACGGGCACAUCUCGACAAGGAGGCGCAUCGCCAUAUCAACACGGAUAGUGAUAGCGAGUUGAUGUUGAAUAUCUUUGCCAAUGAAUUAAACGAGACGGGAAAAGCACGUGUGAAUCAGGAAGAUAUUUUCGAUGCACUUUCGAGGAUGUAUAAGCGGUGCCAGGGUGGCUGGGCGUGUACGGCUAUGGUUGCUGGAUUUGGUAUAUUUGCGUUCCGCGAUCAAUAUGGUAUUCGUCCAUUGAUCCUGGGAGAGCGUCCAUCAGAGACUCUUCCAGGCGCGACAGAUUAUAUGUUUGCUUCCGAAAGCAUUGCCCUGCGACAACUCGGUUUCCGCAACCUUCGCGACAUCAUGCCAGGUGAAGCCGUCUUCAUUCGCAAAGGACAAGCACCCGUCUUCCGACAAGUCGCAGAACGACUAGCUUACUCUCCCGACAUUUUCGAAUAUGUGUACUUUGCACGACCAGACACCAUUAUUGACGGAAUCGGUGUCCACGCCAGCCGUCAGAAGAUGGGAGACAAACUGGCCGAUAAAAUUAAGGAAAUUCUAGGCGAAGACGGCAUUAAAGAAAUUGACGCCGUUAUCCCCAUCCCCGAAACAUCCAACCCCUCUGCUUUCAGCGUUGCGCAGCGCUUGAAUCUUCCAUACCGCGAAGGAUUCGUUAAGAAUCGAUACGUCUUCCGAACAUUCAUCAUGCCCGGUCAGAGCGCACGCCAAAAGGGCGUUCGACGAAAACUGAGCGCCAUCGAUGAAGAUUUCGCCGGAAAAUGUGUCCUGCUGGUCGACGACAGUAUCGUCCGUGGUACAACAAGUCGUGAAAUCGUAGCCAUGGCCCGAGAAGCCGGUGCCCGCAAAGUCAUAUUCGCCAGUUGCGCACCCCCCAUCACUCACCCGCAUCUCUACGGUAUCGCACUGGCAUCACCCGCCGAACUCAUCGCCUCCAACAAAGACCGAUUCGCGAUUGCAGAAAACAUUGGAGCUGAAGAAGUCAUUUUCCAGGAUCUCGAAGAUCUCAAAGAUGCAUGCAGAGAAUUAUCACCGCCCAAUGGACCGCGAGAAUUUGAGGUCGGUGUCUUCUGUGGUAGCUAUGUGACCCACGUCCCCGAAGGAUAUAUCGAGCAUCUGGCCGAAUUACACAGCCAGAAGAACAAACAGAAUAAGUCCACGGCGCCGCAUGGUACCCUGACUGGUAGCAGUGGGGCGACCAUGUUCGAUAAAGCGAGACGCGAGGAUAUUAGUCUUCAUAAUGUCGCUAGCGAUGCCGCAUUGCGAUGA